GUUACUUUCUGUGGCCUCUGGCUCAUCACCCUUGGAGAACAUUGUUCAGCUCAGUUCUGCUGCUGUCAUUAUAUUCGAACACUCUUUCUACAUUUUCGACAAGCAGCGCUAUCAGCAGCAGGUGUCUGUUUACCCUGUUGAUGUCGCUCUUGAGCAGUAUAUUGCGUCUCCACAUGCAGCUGCUGUCAAGGACGCUGUGAGCGCUGCCUUUCAGGCGUAUCAAGAAGCCAUAGAGACUUCUGUCUACACUUCUAAAGGAAAAUCGCCCACUCGGAGGGCGAAGUUACUGUUUGAACGCUUGCAGCGGAAGGACAAAAAAUCUUUGGCGAAAGCGGAGUUAAUCAAUACUGUUCUUGAAAUCGCUCUAAAUCAUCGCCUGCCAAGACCAUAAUGUUAGGCAAUGCAACACUUGAACGUAGAUGUUUCGGUUUGGAGUGGAGCUGAGGUGUCUUGGCUGUGAAUGCGGUUUUCUUGAAUGGUCUGUCGAAGUAGUUCAGGAGGUGUAAC